GUACCGCCGUAUGCGUCAGAUUAAUAUCAAUCAAAAAAAAAAGUUUAAUAAUACCAGGAACAUCACCCGAUUGGUGCUUGUUAUCGUAUGUUGCUGUCCAACGAUAGCAAUUUAGCAUAUCAUCAUAUGCAAAGUCGUCAUCACUUAUCAUGAUAGACUGACAGCGCAUUUAACGUCCUUAUAUCCUGUCAUUCCAGCAAUAUGUUCCUCAAAGUACUGCCGCCGUUAGCGCCCAAAUCGUGGAUCCGACACUUCAGUAUAUGUCAACUACCUCAGGAAUUGCAAGUGAUUCAGGAAACAUGCCGCAAUUUUGCCGAUCGCGAAUUAAAACCCAUAGCGUCUGAACUGGAUCGGAACGGUCGGUUCCCCUUUGAACAGAUUUCGAAGCUAGCCGAUUUGGGAUUCAUGCGUGUUACGGUGGAUUCGGCGUACGGAGGUUCCGGAAUGACUAUGCUUGCACUUUCGCUAAUCGUCGAGGAAUUGUCCCGGGGAUGUGGAAGCACCGGAUCGAUUGUGUCGAUACACAACUGUCUGUAUGGGAAUCUGCUCAACCGAGUGGGGACUACGGAGCAGAAACAGUUAUUUUUCGGAAAGUAUUCCAAUAGUACCAUAGGUGCAUUUGCGUUGAGUGAAUCGAACGCAGGUUCGGAUGUGGCGGCUUUAAGUACCAGAGCCGUGGAGGACGGCGAUAGCUGGAUCCUGCAUGGUACUAAGGCAUGGGUUACCUCAGCUGCUGAGGCAAAGUGUGGCAUUGUCUUUGCGACUGUUGAUCCCAGCCUGAAGCACAAAGGAAUUGCCGCCUUUCUGAUAGAUUUCGAACAGGCAAAUGGACUAACCGUUGGACGCAAUGAAGAUAAGCUUGGUAUUCGAGCGACUUCUACAUGUGAUUUGUGUUUGGAUAAUGUUCGCAUCCCAAAAUCAAAUUUGCUCGGAUCGCAUAACGGUGGGUUUAGGCUAGCUAUGGAACAGCUUGAUCGUGCUCGGGUAGGCAUCGCCUCACAGGCUUUGGGAAUAGCACAGGCGGCACUUGAAGCUGCCAUUCAAUACGCUGGCCAGAGGAUCGCAUUUGGUCAAUCGCUGCUGAAACGGACUUCUGUUCAGACCAGAAUAGCCGAAAUGGCGGUAAGAAUUGAAAGUUCCCGAUUGUUGGUUCGAAAGGCAGCCGUCGAACUCGAUCAGGGCAUGAAGGCUACCAAAUCUUGUGCGAUGGCCAAAUGGAUUGCAGGUGAAACGGCUACUUACGCCGCGCAUAAUUGUCAGCAGAUAAUGGGUGGUAUGGGCUACGUGAAGGAUAUGCCGGCAGAGCGGUUUUACCGAGACGCAAGAAUAACGGAGAUCUAUGGCGGGGUGACUGAUGUACAGAAGACAAUCGUGGCGGAAAACGUGAUAAGAGAGCAGGGCGAGUAGCACAACUUUGAUUUGUUCGAUGAAGUUAUUGGUAUUGUGGUUCAGGGACACGUUAUGAGUAGACAAUAUAUUUGCACAAUAUUUUACUUUAUACAUAA